UUGCACAGCCAUACUCUCCUAUGCGCGCACACACACACACACACACACACACACACACACACACACACACACACACACUCAUACACACACACACACACACUCACUAACUCUCUCUCACUCUCCCCUCUCUCUCUGUUUGUCCCUCUUUCAAUUUGUUUUGCCUAUUUCUCUUGGCAUUCUUCAUUCUUUCAAUAUGGCAUCUUCAGGUUUUGACCAGUUAUGUCAGGAAGCUGCAACUAUUUCAAAGCAUCUUGAAAUGAAAGCUGACAAUGCUGAACUUGAAGCAGCUACAAGGGAGGCUGAAAAAAUUCUACAAAUGUUCAAUCCUCCACUGGUAAAGUUAAUUACAUUUCAGUUUUCUUCUUCAUUUGGUUAAUCUUUUAUGUACACUUAAGUUGCUUUAAUAAAUGUAUAUUUUUAUCGGUUCAUAGAUUUCUAAGUCCUUACUUUCAAUCACUUUUAGCAGUUUAUAUUAACAUGUUUAUUUCCAGCGGACACAGUGAACUUUGCACUGCAUUUCAAAGGUAAUAUUGGUUAUAUAAAAUAUCUGUAUAUCCACAGAAAUGGACUCAGGUCCGUAAUAGUGCCAAUAUACGUAAUAUAGUUUUAUAAAAUAAUAUAGUUUUAUAAAAUUGAUUGUUGUCUGUUGUUACAUCUGUAGCCAGCUCCUCAGCCGCAACACUGAAAACCAGAGUUGAAGUCAAUGUACUGCUGAGAAAAGUGCAAGAUCUGUUUAACCAAAAAUAUAAGGAUGCCAGAGGUACUGGAAGGCUCCCCUGGUAAAUCAAGGCAUGACAGUUAAAGUUGCAGGACUGCCCAACAGCCUCAAAAAGCCAUCCUAUUAUGGAAGGAACCAGUUGGAGGCCAUUUUGCAAGCUGCUGAGAUGAUUUCAUUUGAAAUCAGUGCACAUUUUUUGUUUGGAAAAAGCUCACAGAAACUAAAACCAGAUGUAUGCAGCUUUGCCAGGCGUGCAGCACCAGCGUAAACCAGCUAAGACCACUCUUCUAAGCUUUCAGCCUGGUAAAGCUGGUUUUUCGAUCUGAACAGCUAAAAGUGGACUCUAAAAACCUCUCUAAAACCAGCCUGCUACACCAGCUAAAACCAAACUGGGAGACCAGGUCAACUAGGUCCACGUGCUCAUCUCCACUCAAACCUUUUCAGAAAAUGAAACAGUGACUGCAUGUUUGAUCUACAGUCGCCACCUAGUGGUGAUAAAAAUGAAUAGCAUUAACAGAAAGUAUGACAUCAAUAUGUUUUUGGUGGUAUGGUACAUUGCUUUAUAUAGAUUAAUGGUAUAUGGUACAGUCUUCUUUCUACAGUCCUCCAGCUUAAAGGUAAAUAUAACAGUGAAUGAAGAUAAUUCUUAAACUGUGUUUAGAUGUAGUUCAAUAAAGUUCAGAGUAUCAGUGAAGCAAGUGUGAGAGAUUUCUACAUAAAAUCUAUAAUGUAAAAAAUAUAAUCUUGAUAUCUUUAAUAAGGUAACAUUUUUUAAUAAGGUCUAUCUCUAUUUAUAGUUGUAUUAUGCCACAUUUAACCUUCUAAGAUCUGGAUGUCACAUAUUUGGACAUCAAUGUUUUUGUUGUUUGCAUCACAAUACUUAAUUCUGUGUAACUGGAACCUGUUAUACACAAACAUGGACAAAUACACUGCUUCAUGUUCAAAGAAAAAUAUUUGGUUAUUAUAUUAAUUGGUUCCCAAAAAUAGCUGGUGGAAAUCUGAAAAAAAAAGACAAAUCAAAGCUCGGGUUCAGGAGGUUAAUUUGGGCUUCAUGAUAUCUAACCAGAGAUAGGAGAUUGUUGCAUGAAAUUGGUUUGGGUCAGACAAAAUAAUUUUGCUAGUGGAAACAUUUUUUAAGAUCUUUUCCUCUCAUCUCAUACAGUAUUUUUGUCCACCACCAUGACCCUUUAGUCUCUGUGGUGGUUCUUCAUGAGUCAACAUGUCAAAUGUCCUUUAAUGUUUUUGGGAAUUAAUAUUAAGUAGUGUUUAGUGAAAUUAACCCUGCAGUAAACCCAGCAAUAUGUAACUCUGUUGAUGCUUUAACUGCUGUAAGGGAUGAGGGAUUAUUAGCUAACUUAAUGUCUGUUUUUGACUGACUGCCAGUGUUUAACUUUUUGAUAUGCGUGAAGGAUUUUGAGCAAUGAAAAAACUUUCGUAUGUAUCAUGCAUUAAAAUAGAUUACCUUUGAUACUUUUUAAUGAUUUAAAUAAAAUCUCCAUACAAUCUGAGCAUGUCUGUGUUUUACUCUAGACCAGGGGUCACCAACGUGGUGCCCACGGGCACCAGGUAGCCCGCACAGAGUCUGUGAGGUGCCCGCCAAAGCACAUUCUAUUAAUAGUCUCAACUGUAUUAUGUAUUCAUUACAUAUUUUUUUAUAUUAGCUUGGCUUGGUUUACAUAUGUUAACAUUUUAAACAAUAAAAAAAUAUAAACAAGUCAAAUAAAAUAAAAUAAACAAGUAAAGCAAAAAAGUUUUAAGUAGACUAUAUCAAAAAGUAGCCCUCCAGAUUUUUUUAUCCAUUGUUGUAGCCCUUGCUCAUAAAAAGGUUGGAGACCCCUGCUCUAGACUAAUACUCUUUUCUUUUAACAUUACUGGUAAUUAACAUAGCGCCAUCUAGUGGUUGUAAAUGAAUAACACAAUAGGUCUAAAUAUAUUAAUACAAAAUAGCAUCUAUACAUACUGUAAAAUACAUUUUAAAAAGUAGUAAUAAGCAUUAAGACAUAUUAAAGAGUUUUGAUAUAUAUAUAUAUAUCUACAAUAAAAAGUCCAAAUGUUGUAAAUAGUUUUAAUUAAACAACACAGGGGACAUAAAUAUAUAUAUAUAUAUAUAUAUAUAAAACUCAUCACAGUUGAACCGUAAACAGAACAAAGUCAUUAAACUCCAUGACAACCAUACUGUAGAACUUAUCGUUGUCAUAGAGACAUUAUGACAUCACAAUCGGUGCCUAUAAAACGCUCAGCCAGAUGAAACUGGUAUCAUUUGACUGAUCUGAACGCUUGCCUUUGGUUGACUCCGAACGCUACUGUACAGAUUAUCAAGUGAAUUUGCAGACUUUUCAAAAGUUCGCAACUUUAAACUGCUUGACGCACUGUGUACGGACAGACAGUUUACUUAGAUUUCAACCCUCUGUGAACCGAGUCUAAGCACAGUUAAGUCUGCAGUUAUCUUUUCACAUCAUGUUUCGUCCUGUAACACCAUUGUCCGACAAGGACAUGGAAGGAGCAGAUGUUGAGAAUAUGGAUUUUAUUCUGCCAAAUGCUGUGCCGAACUUUGACUGCGUCCCUGAUAUCGGACUUUGGUCACAAGUCGGGCGCGCUGCCGGUUGUUUAAAUCCAUGUGAAGGAGGAGAGGAGGAGAUGGUGGAUGUUUAUCCAACACAUGAGGCGAAACGCCAAAAAGUGUUUGGAGGAGAGAUGGAUUCAUUCCUACCGAAUGCUGUGUUGACCUGUGACUUUGUCCCUGACAUCGGACUUUUGUCAGAGGUCGGAUGCGCUGCCGGGGGUUUGAAUCCAAGUGAAGGAGGAGAGGAGAAAAUCCCAACAAUGUUGGGAUGGAGAUGUGAUGAUGAUGGAAUGGAUUUUGUCCUUCCAUGUGCUGUCCCUGACAUAGUCCCGAACAAAGGACAUUUGUUAGAGAGACGCGCCGGGAGUUCACAUCCACGAGGAGGAGUAAAGGAGUUUACUCCUGCAUUUGAGGAGGCGAACAGCCCCACAGAAAAAUGCGAGAAUAAAUUAUUUAAAUCCAUAAAGAAGACAUGGAAGAAUGCAAGGCACCCAUUCCUUCAUAAAGAUAAAGUGGAAACACUGAUUCCUUCAGAGCUUAAUGCAGAUUCAGGUAAUCCUAAUCUAAAGGAUGACGCUGGUCUGGCGAGCUCUGAAUUAAACAAUAAAUUCAAACCGGAAAAACAACGAAUGGCAUUCUUUGACUGUCUCUGGAGGGGCAAGGUGGAGUCAGUGCCGACUCCCCUGCUUAAAGCGGAUCCAGCUAUCCCUGAUGUUGGGGAAGUUGUUGAUCUUGCAUCACAGUCAAAGACCUACGUUGGUCCGAAGAAACAGAAACAAAAGGCUUCAAAGAGCCGCAAAUCUAACCUCCAGGGAGAAAAAGUGACUGUUGUGCCAACUCAACAGCCCAAGGCUAUUUCAGAUAUUCCUGUUGGCAUGGAUGUUCCUGCUCUGGCCGGCCCCCAGUCAAAACCAAAGAUUCGUCCGGAUAAAUGCAAGACAUUGACGCAACGCAUCCUUGGAUGCUUCCGGAGGGGCAAAGUGGAGUCGAUGCCGACUUCACAGAUUGAGGCCGAUCCAGCUAUCCCUGAUGCCGGGGAAGUCGUUGAUCUGGCAGAUUCUCAAUCGAAGAGUGUUGGCUUAAAGAAACAAAAACAAAAGGCUUCAAAGAGCCGCUCAUUUCACAACCCUUGGAGAAAAAAAGGGAAGAGUAAAGUGAAAAAAGAUGCCGAUCCAGCUAUUCCUUAUGCCAUGGAUGGUGCGGAUCUGGCCGGCCCCCAAUCAAAACCAAAGAUUCGUCCGGAUAAAUGCAAGACAUUGAAGCAACGCAUCCUUGGAUGCUUCCAGAGGGGCAAAGUGGAGUCGAUGCCGACUUCACAGAUUGAGGCCGGUCCAGCUAUCCCUGAUGCCGGGGAAGUUGUUGAUCUGGCAGAUUCUCAAUCGAAGAGUGUUGGCUUAAAGAAAAAAAAACAAAAGGCUUCAAAGAGCCGCUCAUUUCACAACCCUUGGAGAAAAAAAGGGAAGAGUAAAGUGAAAAAAGAUGCCGAUCCAGCUAUUCCUUAUGCCAUGGAUGGUGCGGAUCUGGCCAGUUUUGGUGGCAUCACUGCAGCCAAUGCCAGGCUACAGAAUUUAGGUGCCAUUCCAGAGAAUAUUGGGUUAAGAGGUGGAGGAAAUCCUGACCCAAAUAAAGCAAAAAAUCCUGGGUCAAAAGAUGUUGGAAAUCCUGAGGCAAAAGCCCUUGAAAAUCCCAGAAAUCCCUUACCAGAAGAUGAUAAAGUUGUCAGGCCAAAAGUUAUAAAUGUUGGUCAACAAGCUUUUGAACUGCCAAGCGAGAAGAAACGAGCUAAUCGCUCAGUGCCUAGAGAGCCUUUUGAUUCUAAAUAUCAACUCUUGGAGGAUGAAGUGCUUGGGGAAGGUGGCUAUGGCAAAGUGUACAAAGGGAUAGAUAAAUCGGAUGGCACUCCGGUUGCCAUCAAGCGGAUUUCCAAACAAAAGACUCACACAUAUCUUCAGUCUCCUGAAUACCCCCAACCAGUCAUUACAGAAGUGGCGCUGAUGCUUAAGUUAGGAGAUGCGCCCUCAUGCACCAAUGUAAUAGAGAUGUAUGACUGUUACGAGACUAAACACGAUUUCAUCCUCGUGUUGGAGUACCCACUGCACAGCGAAUCCUUGUGGGAUUUUGUUAGAAAUAAUAGAGGACUAAGUGAAAAUACAGCAAGACACCUCAUGCGUCAGGCGGUACUGGCAGUGCAACACUGUCUGGAUAAUGGAGUUUUCCACACCGACGUCCAUUCCGAUAACUUCUUGGUGCAACAAUCAACAAUGAGCCUGAAGUUAAUUGACUUUGGGGCUGGACAUUAUCUGAAGCAUGAGGCAUAUAGGACCUCCGACUUUGUAGGAGCUCCAUGUUGCACCCCGCCUGAGAUCUACACGGCUAAGAAAUUCCACGCCAUGCCAACAAACGUCUGGGCCUUAGGUGUUUUGCUGUAUUUCAUGGUGCUUAGAGAUUUCCCCUCUAAUAUAGAGAAGUUUCUUUCCGGGAAUCUGAGGAUAACUGAGAUGGAUUUAUCAAAGGAAAUCUAUGAUCUGUUAAAAUGGUGCCUGGCCGAGAAUCCAAGUGAUCGUCCGACGCUCAAGCAGAUCUUAGAUCAUGACUGGUUUAAAACUGAGUCUAACGAAGCAGAGCUACUCAUAUACAAAAUGAGUGCACUAUCCAUGGAAAAAAUGAAAAGGAUGAAGCUGAAUGACUGAAGGAGAGAGGAAUGAUUGGAGAUGCCGUUUUCAUCAUCCUGAGACGUAUGGAGUUUGAAGGAGGUUGUAUUUCAGACUUCAUGAACACAGACCGCUGGCUGAACGUCUGAUGCAGAUCCUGUCUCAUCCUUGAACACAUUAAAAAAAAAUUUUAAUUCUUAAUGUUUUUAUAUUUUAAAGUUGUAAAAUAAAGUAUCUAAUAUAUAGUAAGUCCUCUAUAGAAUCAGCUAUGUCUGGCUCUCUCUAGGGUUUUUUUUCUCCUAGGAGUUUAGGGAGUCAGGUUUAUUAAUGUAAAGCUGCUUUGAAAUAAUUAAACAAUUGUGAAAAGUGCUAUAAAUAAAAUUGAAUUGAAUAUGGAAGACUUUUCUUUAGCAGAUGUUUUAAUCUGCUUUUUUUACUUUUUUAUUUGAUCAAUUUGAUUAACUUGUGUUACUUAUGUACAUGUUUUUCAUAUGCAAUAUCAAACCCUUGACCUUGGUAUAAAAUACUGUGAGUUAACGUAGUAAAUCCAAUCAGACACAAUGUUAAACCUGAUGCUGUUUUAACCCAAAUAAAUAAGUACACUUGACCUAAACCUUAAAAUAUACCCUUCAUUACUCUGUGUUUUAGUUUAAUCAUAUCAAGACAUUUUGAUUAACUUAUUUUAUUUAAAUCUGUGGAUUGAACUUUUCACCAAUCAUGCAUAAAUUAAACUGCUACUCUGCAGCUAUUUCUGUUAUCACUGUUGGCUACUAUUUUUGUUGUAAAGUUAAGAGCUCCUUAAAAGUACAUUACUUUACGAAAUUAUAUUUAUGAUAAUAUAAUUGCAAUUGGCCUUAAAGCAACACCAAAGAGUUUUUUUUACCUUAAAAUAACGUUUCCAAAAAAGUUUCAGUGGUUCAUCCACUCAAACAGGGUGAACGGCACUUUCACAUUCGCUUUGCAGCCCUCUAUCGGCCAAAACCGCACUAAAGAAGUUUCCAACCGUCGGGUCGCGGUCCUGUAGUCCGAGUGAAAAAUACAAAAACUUGCUUUACGGCAGACCUACAAUCCAAUCAGAGCCAGCUAUGUUGCAGUAUUUAUGACAGUGGUAAUGAACAAUCACGCUUCUAACCUGUAGGGGGAGCAAAGAGCAAUAAGUCUUUAGUGUUGCUUUAAAUGAAUCUAGAAUAAACUUGAAAUUAUUGAAGUGCUUGAAACACCUGCUGGGGAAAACAUAAAAGCAACAAGAUCCCACUUCAAACAUUUAGCACUUUUUACACAAUAAUUGCAAGAUUUUUUUAAAAUACAUGUUUUUAGGAAAAAUAAAUGAUUUAACUUAACUUAAAGCCAUUAAGUCAAAGUGUAUUCAGUUUUUUUUAGGGCAAACAGAUCAUUAUUAAGACUUGUACCCUCUUUUAAUUAUGCACAUGUUUGUCAUUAAAUCUGUCUAUAAAUAAAAACUAGGCACAAUUGUGUUAUCAGUCAGAAGGAUAAAUAUUUUAUGAACUUGCAUAAUAAAACCAACCCAAGAUCACCUAAACCAG